GCCUCUCUACAUCACUUUGCUUUAUCGUGGUUCCCGAGCUGAACUCUCACACGUCACGUCCACUUCUGAGAAUAUUUCUCUUUCACACCACGGACGAGAUCAUUCGUGUUAUUUAACCUUUUUUUUUCCAGAUGGUGGUCUUCAUCAUGCGGUACACAUGGACAGCUCUCUGUGUCAUCGUGGUAACGAUGUCAGGUUCAGUGAAAUCUGAGGAGGCUUCAGUGAGGUUCGAGUUCAUCCUGGACAUCACCAACCGCAUCUACAACGACUCGCUGCUCAAGAAUGACUCUGCUGAUUAUAAGCACCUGUUCUCACAAGUUAACACAACGCUCUACUCCAUCUACGGCUGUACUUCUUGUAGCACACACUCAUUUUAUCGCAAUGUAUCAAAGAUGACCUUCAGUAAUGAAAAUGGAAAUGUGCUCGUAAAUGCCACACUCGUGUUCGGGACAAUGAAGGACAACGCUGAUAUGAUUAAAGGCUUGUUUACGAAUGCGACUGCUGUUAAUAAUGAAAAGAACAGCCUUAAAUUCGACCCCAAAUUCACACAGGUUUCACAAUCAAACCCUGAAUCACCUGCUACCAGCACAUCCCACCCAAUCAAGACUGCAGCCACUCAUCCUACAGAACAUCCUACAGAACAUCCUACAGAUCAUACUGCAGGUCAUCCUACAGAUCAUACUGCAGGUCAUCCUGCAGAUCAUCUCACAACUAAACAUCACAACGCCGCCUGUAAUCAAACUGGAACUGUGCUCGUUAAGGCUACACUCACCUUCAAGUCAAAUGAAACCGAUGCUCGUUUGGUCGAAAGUCUGUUACUGAAAGCGGUCAAUGGCAGUAAUGAAAUAAACUACCUUAAGUUUAAACCUGAAUUCUCAGAAGGGCACUCUGAGGAAUGGGACACAAAAGAACAGGCACAGAGACGGGAUUAG